AUGAGUAAUCAAGUGCUAUUAGACAAAUUGGACCGUACCACAGAAACACUAUCAAACACCUUAAUUCACCUGGCUAAACUUUCUGACAUUGAGUUUGGUGGUAAAGAUACAGAACAACCAAGAAGCAGCUCGGGACUCGCGACAGUAUCAAGCUCAGGGGUUCAAAUGUCGAAUAAUUACACAAUGCAGCUCAUAAAGGGAAUUCAAGAUCUCCUGGUGAUCACCAGGUCCAUACGAGAGAAAUGGGUACUAAGUCAACUUCCUGAGAAUGAAGAACUAUCGAUGUUUGAAUCGGAAGAAACGCUAGAGAAUUGUAGGAAACUAGUACAGGAAUCGAUGGAGACCCUGCUUAAUGAUAUGCCAUGA